AUGCUGCAGCAGGACGCGAUCACUACUGCCAACCAUCUCAACAAAUCUCUCGUAACUGAGCAGCUAUACUUUCCGCACACUAAUAUCGAUCCAGUUUCAGAAUGUUCAAGAGUGUCCAGUUUCAGCGAUCACUUCAACUACAGAAUGUUUACAGAAUGGCUCACAAUAAAGGAGUUUUGGUCUGGUACUGGUGAAAAAGCCCAGGAGCUGACCGACAAGGCUGCCGAGAAGCUGAGCCAUGCCGGAACUGCAGUGAAAGACACCAUUGCAUCUGGAUACGAGAAGGUGAAAGAUACGGCAGCUUCUGCUUAUGAAAAGGUUGCCGGUAGCGCCAAAGAGAAUUACGACGAAGCUAGUAGGAAGGUGGACGAGAAGAAGGAUCAUCUCGGUAAGAAGAUGGACGAGAAGAAGGAGAAGACACAUGACAAGGCAUGGGCCAAUGAUGCCCGAGACUAUGUGAGCAAGAAAAUGCACGAAGGAGCCGACAAGAUUAAAUCUUAA